AGUCGAAGCUGAAGCGCUACCGAAGACGUCAGCUCCCGUAUUCCCACCCACGCGUCUAGUCGCUCGUCCCGCGACGCCCUUCCCUCAGCCACCUGCGCCCACGAAUGUUUCGACGAGCCCUCUUCCUCCGCGGCACGGCACAGAGGUACCUCUCCGCCAUGGCCCAGACCACUACUCCCGUCGAAGACUCCUUGCGCGCAAAGAUUACCGACGCGUUGAAGCCAACGAGCUUGGAGAUCUUCAACGACUCCCAUAAGCAUGCCCAUCACCGUGCAAUGGAGGGCAGCACAUCCAAAGAAACUCACUUCCGUGUCAACAUCAUCUCAGAAGCUUUCCAGGGGAAAAUGCAGCCGGCGAGACAUCGCAUGGUGUACGCGCUCAUGAGGGAGGAAAUGGCACGAGAAGGAGGAAUCCAUGCGCUGCAACUCAAGACGCGAACGCCUGCAGAGGAAGAGAGGGCUGCAAGCCGCGGAUAAUCUGUGACAAACGCUUACGACGAAGUCGCUAGAUCCAUGCUCUCACCCCGAAGGUCAGAAUGGACCAGCCCGAGAAGGCCGGUGAAACGCGUUGGGAAACACUGGGCAGGUACACGUACACGUACUCAUGUGUACGGUGUACAGCGCUUCUAUUCUCGAGUCAGCAAGGGCCCGAAGGUCUGGUAAGGGUGGGUUCUACUACAAGGGGGCCACGGCGCCAACGGCUCGUAUCGAACUCCUGAAAUCACUGCAUGGAAGAAAGGUGUGAAGGUGUCUAUCGGAAGCAGAGUUAGACAGGUACCCCUUGUCAUGCGACCGAGGCCCUGUUAACUUACUCGUGUCUAUUCAGUGUGCAGUUGUAUUUGAUAGCAAGCGCUUAAUUUUAACCGGGCAGGCAUUCCCCGA